CAUAUGAAAACUGGAAGAUGUCGAGGUGAGCGUGAGUGCCUCUGUUUCGGAAAACCGAUCUGCUACCCUCAUCUUCAAUAAAGACCAAUCAUACCACAUCCUACCUUCCCUCCCUCAUCUCUCCCUAACCAAUAUCAUCCUCAGAGAGAUGCCCUCAUUUCCAUCAUCUGCCAUCCAAACUGUCCGACUCUCCGUCCUACGCUCCGAACUUCACCAGCUAUAAACUCCCACAAUCCAGAAUCCCGAACCCACCUCUCUCUCUAAUGGAAGGUGCUCUCUUUCAUAACCGGCCGGUGUAUCCCAUCCCGACCGACAGACCCGCCCAACCUAACCCGCCUCUGAAAUUCACUUCAACAACACUGCCGCCCCCUCCUCAAUCCCCGCCUCCUGCCUCGUUCCCCGUAGACACUCUCCUUCAGCACCUUCUUCACCUCUCUUCGCCUCCCAACACCAUCCACAGGCUCAAACCCAUACAUCCAACUCAGCGCAGCAAUACCCGAUUCCCCGCCCAUCACAUUUCGGUUGAUUCGGCCGAGGCAGGGCACGAACUAGCCCAUCCCAAAAUAAUAACUUCAGUUUCAGCCCCACAGUAUGAGAACAACAAAGAAGAGGCUCGACUAGAAAAUGGCACUCUUGAAUUCAUGUCAAUAAAGUGUAAGUUCAUGUUCAAUUCAAUUUUACAACAGCCUUUGACUAGUUUGAAUGCAUUCUUUGAUUCUGUCAAGUUUGAGUUGCGUGAAGUUGAUUUGAUCAGUCUCUUGAAAGCAUUAGACCUUUCGGACAAUCGGGAGAGAGCCUUUUUGUUGAUUGAGUGGGUUUCCAUGAACUUAAGCUCUGAAAAUGUGAAACUGGAUAAUCAGGUUAUUGAAUUAAUGGUUAGGAUUCUUGGGAAAGAGUCGCGGCAUUUGAACGCGUUGAAGUUGUUUGAUGUUAUUCCUGUUGAGGAAUACUCGCUUGAUAUCCGAGCCUAUACCACUAUUCUUCAUGCAUAUUCUCGCACUGGCAAGUACAGAAAAGCAAUCGCUAUGUUUGAGAAGAUAAAGGAAAGUGGUCUCUCCCCUACUUUGGUAACUUACAACGUGAUGCUUGAUGUUUAUGGGAAGAUGGGUCGUUCUUGGAAUAAGAUUUUAGUCCUCUUGGAUGAGAUGAGAAACAAAGGGCUUGAGUUUGAUGAGUUUACUUGCAGUACUGUGAUAUCUGCGUGUGGGAGAGAGGGCCUUUUGAAAGAAGCGAGAGAGUUCUUUGCUGGAUUGAAGUCUCAGGGGUAUGCACCUGGAACUGUUACUUAUAAUUCUCUGCUACAAGUGUUUGGGAAGGCAGGGAUAUUCUCAGAGGCUUUGAGCAUCUUGAAGGAAAUGGAGGAUAAUAACUGCCCACCUGACUCUGUUACUUACAACGAGCUUGUAGCAGCUUAUGUCAGAGCGGGAUUCUAUGAAGAAGGAGCGGCUGUCAUUGACACAAUGACGCACAAAGGAGUAUUUCCCAAUGCUGUUACAUAUACCACUGUGAUAAACGCUCAUGGCAGGGCAGGAAAGGAGGACAAGGCCUUAAGGCUGUUCAACCAGAUGAAGGUGUUGGGUUGUGUUCCUAAUGUAUGCACAUACAAUGCUGUUCUCUCAAUGCUAGGGAAAAGAUCGCGACCAGAAGAGAUGAUAAAGAUACUCUGUGAUAUGAAGUUAAAUGGAUGUGCUCCAAACCGUAUUACAUGGAACACAAUGCUUGCCAUGUGUGGUGACAAGGGUAAACACAAGUAUCUCUCUCGCAUCUUACGGGAAAUGAAGCAUUGUGGUUUUGAGCCAGAUAGAGACACCUUUAACACUUUGAUCAGUGCAUAUGGCCGGUGUGGCUCUCAAGUUGAUGCUGCUAAAAUGUCUGAGGACAUGAUUGAAGCAGGUUUUACUCCGUGUGUUACCACUUAUAAUGCUUUUCUAAAUGCUCUGGCUCGUAGAGGUGAUUAUAGAGCUGCAGAAUCUGUCAUUCUAGACAUGAGAAGUAAGGGUUUCAAGCCAAACGAAACUUCAUACUCACUGAUGCUUCAUUGUUAUGCAAAGGGAGGGAAUAUCAGAGGCAUAGAGAAGAUUGAGAACGAAAUUUAUGAUGGUCCUAUUUAUCCUAGUUGGAUGCUUUUGAGAACUCUCAUUCUUGCAAACUUCAAGUGUAGAGCACUAAUGGGAAUGGAGAGGGCAUUUCUGGAAUUGCAGAAGAAUGGAUAUAAGCCUGAUUUGGUUUUGUUUAAUUGCAUGCUCUCCAUUUUCGCCAAAAAAAACAUGUAUGACAGGGCCCAUGAGAUGCUGCACUUGAUUCACGAGAAUGGGCUGCAGCCAGAUCUCGUGACCUACAAUAGCUUGAUGGACAUGUACGCUAGAGGGGGAGAGUGCUGGAAAGCAGAAGAAGUCCUUAAGGGACUACAAGAAUCUGGUGGGAAACCAGACCUCGUGUCUUACAACACUGUCAUCAAAGGAUUUUGCAGACAAGGGCUCAUGCAGGAGGCCAUAAGAACUCUCUCAGAGAUGACGGCCAGAGGGAUUCGGCCCUGUAUCUUUACAUACAAUACUUUUGUGGCAGGCUAUGUUGGGCAGGGAAUGUUUACAGAAGCGGAUGAAGUAUUAGGCUAUAUGAUUCAGAAUAAUUGCAGACCAAAUGAGCUAACUUACAAGAUUGUAGUGGAUGGUUAUUGUAAGGCGAGAAAAUACAAAGAGGCCAUGGAUUUUGUGUCAAAGAUAAAGGAGAUGGAUAAUUCUUUUGACGAUCAGUUUGAACAGAGACUUGCUACCCGUAUCAGGGAGUUUUUGGAGUCAUGAUUUCGUCCCACAUAUCCACUGGCAUCUUUUUGUUAAUAACUUGGGGAAUACAGAUGCAGAAAUAAGGCCCGUGAAUUGCGAUUUUCAAUCACUCUGUUUGUCCUUAAAACAGUUCAAUGGUUUGAGAAUUUCAGGGGUCACGUCAGAGUCAAGUUCUUCUUGCUCUGAAUAAUGGUAUUUUUAUAGUAGUAGUAUACAACAAGAUGUUGGGAGGCAUUAACCGUGGAGGCGCUUUUAUGGCUAUACGCAAUUGUAAGCCUGUUGGGCUACGUGCCGGGGAUGAUCAUCCUAGUGUGCUGAACGGUAGAGGGCUGAAGAGGCAUUGAUCAGAAAGAGUUUAAUUUCUUUAUUUUUUUGAGUUUGUAAAUUGUAGCUUGUUCCAAAGCUUCUUUUCUGAGUCUAAUAUGAGAAAUGAUUCUUAAUCAGAA